UGCUUAUCUGUAAUUUGUUCAUCAAUCAUUAGAGUCUCCCAUUCAUUGAUCACCAUCUCUGCAUAGUCUCUUCUCUUCAUUGAGUUUCUGUCUCAUCUCCAAGAAUCAGAAAAAUGGUAGAAUCUUUUCUCUUUAACGUAGCCGAAAGUGUUCUUGGAAAAUUAGCUUCCCCAGUCCUUGAAGAGAUUAGCUUAGCUUGGAAUGUCAACGACGACCUCGCUAAGCUUAAGAGCACCUUGUCCACUGUGAAAGCUGUCCUCUUGGAUGCCGAGGAGCAACAGGGGAAGAACCAUGAGCUUACCAUCUGGUUAUCGAAGCUCAAAGAGGCCUGUUAUGAUGCAGAAGACAUUGUUGAUGAAUUUGAGUGCGAAGCCUUGCAGAGACAAUCUACUGAUAGUAAGGUACGUCGCUUCUUUUCGAGAUCUAAUAACCCACUUGUAUUCCGCUUCAAGAUUGGUAAUAGAAUGAAAGAAAUUAGAGAGAGGUUAGAUGAGAUUUCUGCUCAAAAGGGUAAAUUUCAUCUCACUGAAAGAUUGGUAGAUGAGCGAGUUGUGUACAGGAGAAGGGAGAUGACUCACUCAUUUGUCCAGGCUUCUGAUGUUAUUGGGAGAGAAUCUGAUAGAGAUAAAAUUAUUGAAUAUUUGUUACAUCAUGGUGAAUUAGAAAAUCUUUCAGUUGUUCCCAUAGUUGGAAUUGGAGGCCAAGGGAAGACAACACUAGCUAAAAUGGUGUACAAUGAUGAAAGGGUUGAUAGAAAUUUUCAAUUAAAGAUGUGGAUCUGUGUGUCUGAAGAUUUUGAUGUUACUAGGUUGGCACAAGAAAUCACUAGUUCUGCUACUGGGAGAAGCUAUCGUGACUUGACAAUGGAUCAAUUGCAGGCACAUUUGAGAAGGAGUUUGGGCGGUAGAAAGUUUUUGCUUGUAUUGGAUGAUGUGUGGAAUGAAAAUCUUGUGAAAUGGGUUGAAUUAAGAGAUUUAUUGGAGGGUUGUGCUGUGGGAAGUAAAAUUAUUGUCACUACAAGAAGUUCAAAAGUUGCUUCUAUUAUGGGCAAUGAGCUUGCAUACAAUUUGCCGGGUCUUCCACACAAGGAUUGCUUGUCUUUAUUUCUGAAAUGGGCAUUUAAUGCAGGACAAGAGAAGCAAUAUCCAAAACUUGUGGACAUUGGGAAUGAGAUUGUGAGGAAAUGUGGAGGUGUUCCUCUAGCAGUGAGGACAUUAGGAAGUUUGCUUUAUGCAUCUACCGAUGAAAGACAUUGGCUAUCCAUAAGAGAUAAUGAGAUAUGGAAAUUGAAACAGGAGGAAAAUGACAUCCUCCCAGUGCUGAAAUUGAGCUAUGAUCAAUUGCCAUCUUACUUGAAACGAUGUUUUGCAUAUUGUUCCCUCUUCCCAAAAGAUUACGUGUUGUAUAGUUUUGAAUUGGUACAAUUUUGGAUGGCUCAUGGGCUUCUUGAUUCACAUGAUGAAGACCAGGAUUUGGAGGACCAUGGGAUGCAGUAUGUGAAAGAAUUAUGGUCAAGAUCAUUUUUGCAGGAUGUUGAGGAUCAUGGUUUCUUUUUCACCUGCAAAAUGCAUGAUCUUGUGCAUGAUCUAGCUAUAUCAGUUGCACAAAGUGAAUGCUCAACUGUAACCUUUCUCACCCAAACUGUUAAUGAAAAAAUUCGUCAUAUUUCUUUUUCGAGUACUGAUUUUCCAGGCCAAGAAAUUCCAAAGUUCUUAACAAAGUUAGACAGGGUGAGAACCAUAUUUUUCCCAGUUAGAGGGAUGGGGCCUGGUAGCGAAAAAUUUAUUGACACCUGCAUAUCAAGAUUCAAAUACUUACGAGUGCUAAAUCUUAGUGAUUCAUGCUUUCAGACAUUGCCAAAUUCAAUUAGUAACUUGAAGCAUUUGAGAUACCUUGACCUUUAUAGAAAUCGACAGAUCAGAAAACUCCCCAAUUCCUUUUGUAAGCUGCAGAAUCUGCAAACCUUAAGACUUGAAGAAUGUGAGAAGCUUGAAGAAAUUCCUAGAGAUAUCAAGAACAUGAGCAACCUCAGAUUUUUGGAGAUAACUACAAAACAGACUUCUUUGCUGGAGAAUAGGAUAGAAUGCCUCAGUUCUCUUCGAUACCUGUCCUUCUUCGAAUGUGGAAAUUUGGAACAUUUGUUUGAAGAUAUGCAGUUCCUCACAUCACUUCGAACAUUGGUGAUAACUUCGUGUGGAAGCUUGACUCGUUUACCCCGCAGUUUAAUGUACCUGUCUGCUUUAGAGACCUUAGUAAUUGGUGACUGUGGAAAGCUGAACUUGGUGGAAAUGGAGUACGACGAAGAUUUCGAGUUGAGGCUUACUUCAUUGGUCAUUGGAGAAUUACCACAGUUGGAGACUUUACCCCAAUGGCUUCAGGGAUGUGCAACAACCUUACAAUACAUAUACAUUGAUGACUGUCCUAACUUCGCAGCAUUACCAGACUGGACACAAAAUCUAACGUCACUUAAACGACUUGAAAUCAUAAGGUGUCCUGAAUUGUUUUCUCUGCCAGAGGAGAUGCACUGCCUCACUGCCUUGAGAGAACUGAAGAUCGGACUUUGCCCUGAACUACGUGAAAGGUGUGAUCCAGAAACUGGAGAUGAUUGGCCUAAGAUAAGUCAUAUUCCUGAGAUUUUUCUCAAUGGCAUCAAGGUGAAAUCAACUACUAACUAGGGUUGCAGCAGUUAUGGAGAUUCAACUGGAAUUGACAGCAAAAUUUUCUACCACCACUAGAAUUCAGGCUCUCGCAUUUCAUGUCACCUUGUUGGCUUGGUGUGUAUUUGCUUAAUCCGAGAAAUAUUGAUCCCUAUACCAAAAAGAAAAAGAAGAAAGAGGGUAUUUGUAAGUGCCUCAACGGAUUUGAGAGCACUUAGUUGAGAUGAGAUGAAAUGGAUCUGAGUACAAAAGAAUUGUAGAUGGUAUGCAUACAUUGAUUUGCAUACUCAUGCAAAAAAAAAUGGAAAAAGUUCUUUAUUUAUAAUUUGAUUCUUUAGGCUUGGGUCUCUGCUCCUAGAACUCAUCCUUGAUUUUGCUGUAAUGCAAUGUUUUAGAAGCUUCCUGUCAUGGAGAUCAAGAAUCCAUCCUUCUGCUUUUACAGAUGCAUGGUCCCAAUUAAUCCAGUUGCAGCAUCGAUGGGGAUAUGAAGAUGCUGCAUGUGAUGCAUGCAACUAACUUAAAUGCUUUUGAUUUGUAUCUUUGGAACAUGUUCCAUCAACCAUACACAACAUGAAAUAAUUUGAAAGUGAAUUAUUAAUUCAAAAGAAAACAACAGCAUCUGCAACUUUUCUUUGUCUUUUCCUUUUA